GUCGCCUUCGGUUCAUUCCCGUUCGAUUGCAGUGCAAAGUGCAAAAAGCAAGCAAGGAAGCCAGCUAGUAAGCAGGCACAAAGCAAACAGAAAGUAGCAGCAAAUUCCCAUUGCCAAAUUGUUAGUGUGUCCGUGCGUCUGUGUGUGCGUUGACUUUGCUGUAGUUUUCCACGAGACUAGCGCUACAGUGACAUUUGCAUACCUAGUGAGAACGUUUGAGAAGUCACCGCUUAGUUCGCGCCCGUCCGCGCCUCUCCCACACAGCGUGUGUUGUGCCGAGUGCGCUGCCUAGACCUUCAGCCAGACAUUCGUAAUUAAAUUCCAUCUCCAUAUACUUGCACAUUUGGGUAAAAUUAUUGAGCGUCAAACGGAAAACGUCAACAGAGCGCGCCACUUCCGUCUACGCUAGCGUCAGCGUCAACGUCAGCGUCACCAACAUCUCCAUCGUCUCCGGUUCCCUUUGAGGCCUAUCAACAGUCGUAGUCGCAGUCGCAGUCGCUGUUGCUGUCACCGUCGCAGUCACCGUUACAGACAAACAUGAAGCGUUUGGCGUUGAUUGCCAGCGUUUGUCUGGCCGUGGUGUUGAUGUCAUCCUGCCUGAUUGGCAAUGUCGAGGCCAAGAAGAAGAAAUAUGUGGGCGAAACUGGCGGUGAUUUUGAGUUUAUCGAUGAGAUGAACAAAAACACGCAGGCGAGCAACAAUAAGUAUGUUGGGGAACGCAAGCGUUGGAUACACGAUCCGUCGAGUGACCUUUGUCGGCCGCUUAACUGCAAGAAACGUGAAAUUUGCCUGCUCGAGGACGAAUAUAGUGCGGUGUGCGUGUCGAAGAAGGAGCUGCACAAGAAUCGCGAUGAGAUAAUCACAAAGGCCAAAUACUUGGAGGAGGAAGCGAAGCGUCGUGUCAAUCAGCAGGACAACCAGGACGACAUUAACAAUGACAACGAGCGCGACGAUGAGGACAACAGCAGCGGCAUUAGUGGCAGCAAUACCAACGGCAACAACAACAACAAGGACUUGGAUGAGAACGACGACGAAGAUAAGAGUCUAAGUCUGGGUGACGAUGAUGAUGAGUCAAAGGAGGAUGAUGUCUUCUAUGAGAACAGCAUAGCCGCUGGCGACAAACAGCAGCAGCAGCAACAACAACAACAGCAGCAGCAAUCAGCGCCACAGCAACAGCAGCAGGACGACGAUGAGGAGUUGGACAAUUGCAAGCCAUGUCCCGUGGCCAAGCCUACGUUCCUGUGCGGCGCCGACAACAGAACCUACUCAUCACUAUGCAGAUUGGAUUAUCACAAUUGCAUACAUUCGACAUCCAUACGGAUUGCCUGCAAAGGAUUCUGUCCAUGCAAGGAGAAUGGCGAUGGAAAACGUUUGCAGCGCAUUGGAGAGCGCGGAUAUGGCAAGUACAAUAAGAAGAGCAGUCUGGAACAGCAGCAGCAGCAGCAACAACAACAACAACAACAGCAGCAGGCCUAUAAGGACAGCAGCAACAACAACAUUAUGAUGAAUAGCGGCAACAUAAUGGGCAACAAUAACAACGACUUCAAUACCAUUAUGAAUGAUAAGGAGGAUAACAAUCGCCACUACAAUCACAUCAAUGCUCAAUACACCUUCACGCCCGAAGAGAUCAAAUAUGACAACAAGCACUACAAAUAUCUCAAGUACACCGCCUACAAGAAGGAUGCACAGUAUCAGGAGGACAAGCACAAGAUGCGUAGCUACAACGAAGUGGUGGAGAAGCAGCAACAAAAAUAUAAUAAGAACAAUAACUUGAACAACGGCUAUCCUUCGAAGUCGGCCGACUGUAAGCCACAGCAACUGACCGCGAUUGGCAACCGGCUGCUCGACUGGUUCUCGGUCAUCAUGGCAGAUAGCAAGAAGCGGCGCCAGCACAGUCAGAAAUCGAAGGCCCACUUCCCACCAGCCUGCAAGACCGAAGCCAAGUGGAUGUUUGGUCAUCUGGAUCUGAACAACGAUGGGUUGUUGUCGCUGCAGGAAAUGUACGAUCUGGAGCAUGACCAGAACGAGCGCUGCAUUAAGCCAUUCAUCGAUACCUGCGAUCUGGACCAGGACAACUCGAUAAAUACGCGCGAAUGGUGCCGCUGCUUUGAGAAGACCGAUCGUCCCUGUGCCGCAGUGCGUCGAAGAAUUGCCGGCGACUUUGCAGGUGAGAUAGGCGCCUACGCACCCGACUGCGACAUACAAGGAUUCUACAAGCCAACACAAUGCCAUAGCUCGGUGGGCGUUUGUUGGUGCGUGGACAAGCAUGGCGUUGAGUUCGCCAACACACGCACACGUGGCAAACCCAACUGCGAGUCCGUGGUAAAUAAUGCCGCCUCGCUCACAUCCGAUGACGAGGACGAGGGCGCCGACGACGAGGACAGUGCGGAGGGCAGCGCCGAUCAAAUGCUGGUCUUCUAAAUGCCCAUGGCGACGUUGGCUCCGUUUAUUCCAUUGAGCAGGCCUGCUGACUGGCUCACGAAAUGGCGGCGCAUUUCUGUGGCAUAAAAAAUGAAGGAGAAAAUCAUGAAAAUCCAUACGUAUAGUAAAUAGGCGCAAGGACAGCAGCAGUAGCAGAGGCGAGUCGGCGAGCAUUAUGGCGUAAGCGUUAAAAAAUUAAUAUUAUUAUUAUGACUAAAAUGCAAAAAAAAAGAACAACAACAAGAUAACGAAAACACAACAAGAACAGAAUGAAGAAAACAAAAACAAAAAGAUAAAUGUGCAGUAGCCAAGUAAGCGUUUUUGAGAAUAAAAAAGGAAAAUUAACUACAUAUAGAAAGAGCAGCCGCAGAAACUCUCGCAAAAUGUUACAACAAACCCAAAAGCAAGCUAAACUCAUCCUUCGAUUUAACGGAAGCGAAACGGAAGCAAAGGCAAGGAGAGAAAAAGUGUAGCAUAGUUCUCGGCGCAUUGUUAAAAAAACGGAAGUUAGAUGAGCAAGCAAAACCAAAUCAUAUUGUAUUUAAUCAAUGCUAAGAGUAUAGCUUAUAACAGCUCUAUAUGCGAGUAAGCCCAACACAACAACAACCACAACACAAGUCAUCAAUUAGUCCAAUGAGCAAAUUUCGAUAGCAUAGCGCAGUUCUGUUUUAUUUUUUAGAUGCCUAGCAAAUGCACUGCAGCCAUUUUGAAUGCGGUUCGUUUUGUUUGAAAAAUGAAAAAAAAUAAAUAAAUAAAAAAAUAAAAAUAAAUAAACGCUAGCAAUUUGUUCUUGUCGUUAUCACACGCAAAUCCGUCGUUUAGCUUUUAAAGAAAUUAGUAUAUAAAUUAAAAUUUUAUUGGCUUGUCCUUCUUCUCUUCUUCUUCACCCACCACACUUGAGCGUUUACUUUCUUCUAUCUACUACCUAGUCGACUCUCUCCUAUCUCUUUCUGCUUUCACAAACGUAACACACGCUAAAAAUUCCGCCCAAAAAUAAAUUUAUGUGAUAGGUUUUGAAAAAUAUCGUAUCUAACAAAAUGUUACAAAACGAAAGGCGAACACUUCACAGCACGUAGCAAACAUUUUUUGUGCGCUUUUUUCCAUACACAGACAAGCUGUUAACUGGCAGACUAACUAGCAAUGGAAUGCAGAUACUACUAAGUGAGAAGAAAAAUGAUUUAAAAUUGAAUGAACAACCCAAAACAUACUUGUAUAUCCUACAUAACUGGCAAAUUGUAGGCAGUAAUUUUGGAGUAGUGGGAUAUGUACGAAAAACUCAUAGUAACAUACUGUACUUACAAAAAAAAGAACGCGUUCAUUAGUGUUUAAAAGCAUUGCCAUAGACGAUACAUAGAACUAGGAUAUAUGCAAACACACACACACACAUGCUGAUGUGAAAGCCAGGCAAGAGUUGAUAGAGCACGGCAAUGAAAACAAAUGAAAACAAUAAACCGAACACAGAAAGACACAGGUGGAUAUUAAGGCCAGGGCUACUGAGAUCUAUGAAAUUUUUCAAUGGACAUAUACUUCUUGUACUUCAGAUACGGCUGCAGACUGAGAGAGAAUCUGUUGUUAUCGCAUCAAAACAUUCCUCCUUCAGGUAUAUGUAUAUGUAUAUGCUUUACUAUAGUUAAGGCACAUGCGUAAAACAUGUACGGAUGUUAAAGUAGUUUCCAUAUAAAGGUACAAUGUACCAAGAAACAAACAAGGUUUUAUACCGAUGUACUUAUUACAAAUUUCAAUAAGACUUUGACUUGCAUGAAAGCUAUUAUGAAACCACUUGCUUAUUGAGCCUUAAAUCACUUCAAAGAUGUCCACUUCUGAAAGCCUCCUGGCCCACUGUGCGCCGUACCUAAUUAGGUGUUUAUUGUGUACAUUUUUGUUAAAAAAAUUUACGCUCAAUUAUCCUGCUCUACUCCUUUCAAACAGUCCAAGGCCCAGCAUUAGCAAUUCUGCUUACACCGAAAUAACUAACUGACUAACUGUUUAAAAUUUACAUUUGGGCAUCGUUCUGCCUUGCCGGAAACGAAAAUUUGCUAUGAACAUUUAAUGAGUACUACAUUUAACCUGCAAUCACAAAAAAACAAAAACCAAAAAUACACCGCAAAUCAAAUCUACAAAUCUCGACAUAAAGCAUAUAUAAUAUGAAAAAGUAUAUACGACACAUACUACAUAUAAACUAAAAUAAGACGUAAACUUGAUAAAUGGCAAAUGCUUAUAUAUACAUACAUAUAUAUAUAUAUAUAUAAAUAAAUAUAUAUAAACUAGUAUGUUUAAUGUGUAAGUAAAUAAGUGGCAUAAUUAAGUGUGACAGCAACGGAAAUAAAAAAUUAGACCUUCAGAGUGUUUUUCCUGUAUUGUAGCCAAUUUUGACAGCAUAUUGCGCAUAAUUUCGAAAGCAGAUGUAACUAAUUUUUAAAACAUUUAUGCAAAUAAACGAAACACACCCAUACUCUCAUACUAACGAUACAAAAACAAAACAUGAAAUGAAAACAAAAAAAAAAAAACAUGCAAAUGCUUGCAAAUUAUAGCAAAUUGUAGUUUCGCUGCGCCUGACAAACAAAACAUGCAUACGAAUAAACUUUUAAUUAUAGUAACCAAACAAACAAAAAACUGGAAUGAAAACCGACGAAGAAGAAGAGUCAACAAAAAAAAAAAACAAAACAUUAAUAAUAGCAAAGCAUUAAUAACAAUCAUUUAAAGUCAAGUGAAUAGAAAUGGAAAAUGUGUUUUCGGCUGCAUUUAAAAUUUAUGCGUGGUGUACACAACACUUUAUAAACUGACUAUAAAAUACGAUUGUAUUUAUGUAUGUACUAACUUAUUGUAUUUAUCAUGCAAAUCACAUUCCACUUGUAUUUAGUGCGCCCAGAGAGAGGAAAACGAAUACAGAAACCAAUCCAAUCCAAGCAAACCAAAGCAAAGCAAAACAUAAAACUAACUUUCGCACUAAACUCCAUUUUCGCAAAGCAGUUCAUCUUUCCAUAGUUUUUCAUUUAUUUACCUAACUUGGCACUACUUGUAAAAGAGAAUUAGUCCUCACAGCCAUAAGUGAGUAGCAAUGGCGGCAAUAGCAUGGACAUGAAUUAUAACUUCUGAAUAUACACACCAAGUUGUUUUUUAAGAUAAUACUUAUUGCAAGCGUAAGUUAAUUACCAGUCAUUAAAUAUACAAAUGUAAUACCAAAGUAUACAGCAUUAAGUUUUCUGUUUUAAUUAUUGCAAAUGUACGAUUGAUUUAUAUAAAAGAAGAGAUCAAUAAAUAUCUAUUAUUUAAUGCAAA